GCUCUUCACUUUCCAACGCCAAUUCACAACAUUCGGGCCUGCUUUUAUUUUUGGUUUCUGUGACCUUACGUAAAUAUUCCUGUUUGUCAAUAUGCAGUCUCGAAGGUCCGCUAUAGAAAAAACCAACGGGUCACGCCGACGAAAAUCGUCAUUGUGCUGUGAGCCAUGUCGCGAACGCAAAUCUCGCUGCGACGGAAGGAAGCCCAUCUGCGGGCCUUGCACUCAACGGUCGCAUGCAGCUAACCGGUGUCUUUACAGACGCAACAUUGUCAGGCUAUUGGACACCGAUGAAUACCUACAAGUACUUUAUCGUCAUAUUCGGGAAUUGGAAGAGGUGUGCCACGAAGCUGGGAUUCCAGUGCCUACGUUUAAUCCAGAUGUUUUAUCCAAGGACUCGGAUGGGGAGACACCUCAGAUUGGCUUGGGAAUCCAAUUCGAUGCUCAGACAACUCUUCCAGAUCAAGGGGAUUCCCGCGCUUUCCCCCCGCCAAUAAAGCCGGAAACCUUUCCCUCCCUUCUGACAAAUCCACAGGAGGGUGAUUUAAACUUGCUGAAGGCUAGUAAUUUUAUUGGUGGUAACGACGGGUUUUCAAAUCAACCGAAUAAAUUUCUCGGUAGCCCACCUCCUGCCUACCUCAUACGUCUUUUGACACAAGGGCCUCUGCCGAGAGAUAUCCCCUACGGUCCUACUCAUGCUCAUUUGGAUGGCUCCCUAUUACCACCGCGGGAUCUUGCCGACCAUCUGUUAGGUUGCUUCUGGGAUCGGGUUUACUGCCUUUAUCCUUUCUUUGACCGGUCCAGUGUCCAGAAUGCCUAUGAGGGUCUCUGGAUAUCCGGCAACGCUAAUGACAAAAAGCCCAGUAAACUCAACAUCGGCCUAGGCGGCAGGUCUGACACCGGUCGUCAGUCACCAGUCUUUAUUUGUGCACUGAACAUUAUGUUUGCACUUGGGUGCCACUUUGCCGAUUUAUCGGUUCCAGAUCGGAAUGCCAUAGCCCAUACCUUCUUCCUUCGGGCCAAAAUGAAUAUUGGCCUGGAUCUGCUGGAGAUCCGAACUUUUGGGGCUGUCCAGACUCUUUUAUUGGCGUCACUGUAUCUUCAAAGCAUACCCGAUACACAUAAGUCCUGGGAUUUGGUAGGAGUGGCGUGUAGAAUUGUCCAGGCGCUUGGGUUCCACGACAAUCAACCGGAGAGCUUUAAAGACCCGUUCGAAUUAGAAAUUCAGCGUCGCACAUGGCAUGGGUGUGUUAUGAUGGAUACAAUCGUGAGCAUGGCUUGUGGGAGACCUAGCACAACGUCUUCCUUGCCGGCCAUUCCACGGCCAGGGGCAGUAGGUCUUACCCCUACAAACACCAAGGACCCCUAUUUGACAGCCUUCUACCCCGCUAGUCUAGAGCUGUGUAGCAUUCUAGACACUGUCUUGUCUGCUGUCCACAUAGUACGGUGCGACCGAUCGGGCACCCCGGCUAGCUCAACAACUGCACAACAGGACGGAUUAGAUGCCGUGGAUAAACUAGAAGCAAAGCUAUUUGAAUAUGAAUCCAGCCUUCCCUCAGUUCUCAGUUGGAAUCGUCCAUUUAAUCCAGCGACUGAUGUGACCCAGCUGUUGACUUUGAGGCGUCAGAGAAAUGUUUUACAUGCAAGAUUUCUUUACCUGCGUCUCCGCCUCUACCGUGCCGCUUUUACCCAGCUCUGCUCUGAGAUGCUGGCUCAAGAGGAUUCUGAGACCGAUCAGCAUGACCCUGCCCUUUGGACGCUCUAUCCAUCGAUGUUAUUCAAGUGUGCUGCGGCCUGCGUAAAAGCAGCCAUCGACUUGGUUUCCCUAGUAUAUGACAAUUACCAAACAUCCGCCACCGACACCUGGUGGCACAAUGGUUUCUACACUUCGGUUGCGGGUAUGGUCCUCGUAAUGUCCUACACCUGCCUGCCCGCCCUGUCCGACAUCGAGAAACCUGCCGUUAACGAAGCCUGGCGCAAGUGCGAACAAAUCUUGCAGUUCAUGAUCCCGUAUAAUUUCUCUUCGAGAAAUACGUUGCUCUUUUUACGGGCCGCUCGUGAUCGGAUUCUAUCGUAUCUCGAAGAAGAAAUUGAGACGGGCGCAACUGACAUGGGUCCUGAUUCCAGCCUUGUAGAUGACAUGGAGAAUCCUUUUGUCGAUGAGGCAGACGGCUUGUUCAAUGGAGCGAACUGGCUGGGCAGUGCCGUGGCUAUGGUCGGACUGGGAUUCCUAUGCCCGGCCGAUUUCAAAUGGUUUCAGGACUGGUUGGCAGAGGAGCUGCCGUGAUUCUUUGGAGUGCGACUGCGUGGUGUUUUUUUUCCCCUCUUGGUAUUGUUUAAUUGUCACGCGCUUGUUUGAUUGGUUCAGAAUGGAUUAAUUUUACAUCGUUCAGCCUCGUGGUGACUUGUCCAUCGUACUAGAAAACAGCCACUUAGCGCCGGCGGCUAUGCAUGCGUUAGGCUGCGCUCCUC